CUAACAUGUCAUGUUUUUGUAAGUUAGGCAGGUUAGGUCACCAACUCUCGUCAAAGAGUAGUAUAUUCUUUAGUCAACAAUGACCGACAAUGUUUUUUAUAAGAACGCCGCGAAAUACUGGGCUAAUAUACCAGCAACAAUAGACGGAGUACUCGGGGGCUACGGUCACAUCUCGGACGUUGACAUCGACGGAUCAAAACUAUUUCUAAACCAGAUACUAUCGUCAGAUAAUAAUGAUCCACCGGGUAUGAAUCUGGCCUUGGACUGUGGCGCAGGUAUCGGAAGAGUGAGCAAAAACCUUUUAAUGCCUUAUUUUCAGAAGGUUGAUUUAGUGGAACAAGACGAAAAGUUCAUUAACACCGCUAAAAGAUUAAUCGGCGCUAACAAUGCUAAAUUAGGAACACUGUACCAAAUUGGACUUCAGGAUUUCAAACCGCAAAAGGAAUAUGAUGUCAUUUGGUGCCAGUGGGUACUCGGGCACUUGGACGAUUACGAUUUAAUUUCCUUUUUAGAAAGAUGUAGUACAGCUUUAGCGAAAAAUGGGGUUAUUGUCAUUAAAGAGAAUAUAGCUUCCUCUGAAGAAAUAGAAUACGACGAGGUUGAUUCGUCUGUGACGCGUCCUCAUAAAUUAAUGGAACAAAUUUUCAAAGAGGCAAAUCUUCGUGUUAUAAAGUCUGACUUACAAAAUGGUUUCCCUGAAGAAAUUUAUUCAGUUCACAUGAUCGCUCUUGUGCCUAGUAAAUAAACAAAAUAAAAUAUUUAUAUAAUAUUAUAAAA